AUGUCGGAUGAUAUCUCUGUCGAUGUGCUGAAACUCCCUGUUGAUAUGAAAAGCAGUGAGGAGACAAGCUUGAGUGAUUCUAUUGCAAUUCCAUCUCAUACUUUUGAGGGAGACUUUGAUUUGUGGGAUAUGGCAUACUCUCAACUUCGAGUGGAGCAGGUUGAGCUUAUUACCAACUACGAAAGUAUUCUGUGCGAAUAUCUCCCCGGUAUCCUAAACGAAAAGGAGAAGGAAGAUGCUUCACUCCAGCAGAGCCGACUGGUGGAAUUUCUUGGUCGCAGCCUCGAGAAUGUGCAGAGCAUGCAACCCAGCAUGGCCAGAAAUAUUGCUCCCUAUUCAAAACAAGCUUUAUCCGCCAUUGUAUCGUUGAAAAGCGGGAUUGAGGCAGUUGUCCCACACGGCACGAUUCUGUGGGUUGCACUCGCAAUCGCACUCCAAUUGCUGAGCACAUUAGCCUCGGCCGUUGAGGAUACAGUGAAUGCUAUAACCGGUGUGAUUGACAUUACGGGCAAAAUAAAAUGGUACACAGGUUUGGCGGAUGUUCUCGCCCAUCAUCAGCACAGACAAGAGCAAUCAUUCAUGGCGAUGCGGUGUGAUAUUUUGAAGUCUAUCUUGAAGCUGUACCAAAAGCUUCUUCACUUCACCAUCGAAUGUGUAUUUGCAUUCAGAAGGGGCCUCACUCAAGCCCUAACAAACUUCGAAGUCUUUCCUAGCAAAUGGAAAGAUCUGCGGCACGGCAUCUCCAUCACUGAGGGCCAAGUUCAGCAAUUCUUGGCUCAAUAUUGCAACACCAGCGUCACUUCAUACGUCGGCCUCCUGGUUAAUUUGAAAAUGUCACGAGAACACCGCGGCAUUAUGCAACAGCUCUGCGUCAUAGACGUUGACGCAGCCAUUGAGUCUCUCAGAACACCAGGCGAUUUGAAGGAGGACUAUUUCGAUGAACUCCAAAAACUUGCAUCUAGAGAAUGUUACGAGCGCAGCUUGUGCAUUCCUAAGGGUGAUGGCGAGGUCACAUCAUCUCGAAUGAUAAAUUUCUUUGAUUUGGCGAUCGAAAACCUCAAUGCGCGUUUCGACAUAUCUCACGUUGCCUAUUUCUUCUGCAAUGAUACAGAACCAAAGGCCGAUGUGACUAUACUACGCACUUUGAUCUGGACUCUGGUUCGACAAGAUCAUAUCCUCAUUCAGUAUUUGAAAAACAAACAUGACAAUCUUGGCCAAAGGUUGUUUGACGAUACGAACGCCUUUCAUACUCUGAAGCACAUUCUGCGGGAGAUGCUUGCAGAUGCGCGUAUUCGGCUGGUGAUUCUCGUGACUGAUCGACUUGAUUGCUGCAUUCAAGAGAAAAACAAAGACUAUCGUCUGAGAAAACUUCUCUCCGACAUAUGCCAAAAUAAUGAGAAGGCUAGAUGGGUAAGACCAGGAUUUAGCAGCGUAACCCAUGGGGGUAACUGUAAUAGCCACUUUUAUGAUUAG